AUACGGAGCAAAGAGAGGGAAAGAAAACGACUAAGAGAGCCAGUGAAGAACUCAGCAACUACAUCGGCACCAAAUUCCUUACCAACUUCCAUCGUUUUUCCUCUCUACUUUUUUCGCCUCAAUCGUCACUGUAAUUUUCGCCGUUGUUUCUUCACUGGAACAAUCGGUUUGUGUGUUCGUUGAAAUUUUUGCUCCUCGCUGAUCUUCCGGGAGGGAGCUGGAUAUAUCUUUUGGAUCUUUCCAACGGUUUGUUUUGAUUUUGUUUUGUGUUGUUCUUCUUUCUACCAUGGCUAUGGACGAUACCGAGAGCUGUAGUAGUAGAGCGGUGGAUGAUUUCUCGGCUCAGACUUGGAAACAGAAGCAGAUGGUUGGUGUUUACGACGAAGUUCUUCGUCGACUCAGGCUGUCGCACGAGGCGGAGACCAGCCUUCCUGGUUUUGAGGAUGAGCUUUGGGCUCAUUUUCAUCGACUUCCUACUAGGUAUGCUAUGGACGUCAACGUAGAGAGGGCUCAAGAUGUUCUCAUGCACAAGAAUCUUCUCUACAUGGCACAUGAUCCUGCUACUCGGCCUGCAAUUGAUGUCCGUCUCGUACAGGUUCAUUCAUCUCCUGGCAGAAACUUUGGGAAGUCUGUUAAUUCGAACUUGAAGGAAAAAGUGGACCAGCUGUUUUCUGGUUAUGACAGCAAUCAGAGACACCACCCCCCACCAGCAUUUGGCUCAUCAACAGAGGUCGAAUAUGGUUUUGAGACCAGCCAAUUACAUGAUAUAGACCAACCUGGGACUUUCUCCUGGCCAAUGCAUGAAAUUACAAUAUCAACAAUUGACAAGCCAAAACUGCUCAGUCAGUUGACGUCCUUACUUUCUGAGAUUGGGUUGAAUAUUCAAGAAGCGCAUGCUUUUUCAACAACAGAUGGCUUUUCCUUGGAUGUUUUUGUAGUUGAUGGUUGGGCAAUUGAGGAUACCAAGCAGCUAAAAGAUAUACUGGCAGAAGAAAUAUCAAAGAUCCAGAAAAGGCAUCCUCCAUUCACACCUUGUAUAUUCCAUACUGGGAAGCAAGACAAAUCUGGAGUCAAGUUCAUCACAAAGUAUGUCAACAUUCCAAGGGACGAAGUUGAUGUAUGGGAAAUUGAUGUGAGCCUGCUAGUCUUUGAGAAGAAAAUUGCAUCUGGAUCUCUUAGUGACUUGUAUAAAGGCACCUUCUAUGGUCAAGAUGUGGCUAUUAAACUUCUAAAAGAUGAGAACUUGAACGAGACUGCACGGCGGGAAUUUUUUCAAGAAAUUCAUAUCAUGAGAAAACUUCGGCAUAAGAAUGUUCUUCAGUUUAUUGGUGCAUCUACCAAGCCUCCAAGCUUUCUCAUUGUUACAGAAUACAUGUCUGGUGGAAGUAUACACGACUUUUUACAUCAACAAAAGGGCGUUCUUAGUUUUCCUUCCUUACUAAGAGUGGCAGUUGAUGUGUCCAAGGGAAUGAACUAUUUGCAUCAAAAGAAUAUCAUCCACAGAGAUCUGAAAGCUGCAAAUCUUUUGAUGGAUGAAUAUGGGGUUGUAAAGGUCGCUGAUUUUGGUGUUGCUAGAGUGCAAGCUCAAUCUGGUGUGAUGACUGCAGAAACUGGAACAUAUCGUUGGAUGGCUCCAGAGGUUAUUGAGCACAAACCAUAUGAUCAUAAAGCUGAUGUUUAUAGCUUUGGGAUAGUGUUGUGGGAGCUGCUUACAGGACAGCUGCCUUAUGAUAACUUGACCCCGUUACAAGCAGCAAUAGGCGUGGUUCAGAAGGGUCUGAGGCCUAAGAUUCCGAGGCAUGCUGAUCCAAGGAUCGUGGAUUUGCUCGAGAAAUGCUGGCUGCAGGAUCCAUCUUUGAGACCCGAAUUCUCAGAAAUUACAAGAUAUCUACAGCAGACACUGAAGGAGGUAGGGAAAAGUUCUGCUGAAACUGUUCAAAUUUAUUCCUUCGUUUUCAGGCACUUCAUGUUCUUGGAACAGAUUAUAUAAUAAGAAAACUUCGGAGUGACAGGAACCAUCUGGAAGAUGAUUAAAAAAUUUUGGGCUGGAGAAUCGUUCUACGGAGGAGCAAGGAUACGGUAUCUAACUACAUCUAAUUAUCUUUACACGUUGUAAAUUUGCUUUCACAUAGCUGUAAAAUAUGCAAUCUUUCUUAAGAUAAAAUUAACAAAUGGCUUGGAUUUACAUGGUGUAUUUAGAUAGGUUGUGGCCAUCGUUUUUGACGGGACUUUAAUAUGUAAUAAUUUAAGUUUUGUACUUUUAAAUUUUUAACGAUUUAAUCCCUAUUAUAGAAA